AGAAAGCAGCGCCCGCUAUUCUCCGCUAGCUCUGCUACCAGAGGAGAAAGAAGGGGGAGGGUUUGGGGGUCAGAGAUAGUCGGAGAGACGGGCUGCUGGUGGCGAAGAUGGCGGAUGGGGAUAGCGGUAGUGAGCGCGGUGGCAGCAGCGGCGGCGGAGGGGGAGGAAGCGGUGGAUUUCAGCAUUACCAGCGGGAGCCAGAGACACAGGAGCUGGCUUCGAAGCGCCUGGACAUUCAGAACAAACGCUUCUACCUUGACGUGAAGCAGAACGCCAAAGGCCGGUUCAUCAAAAUCGCAGAGGUCGGCGCCGGGGGCUCUAAAAGUCGUUUGACCCUCUCCAUGUCAGUUGCUGCCGAGUUCCGCGACUAUCUGGGGGAUUUUAUAGAGCACUACGCCCAACUCGGGCCUAGCACCGCGGAGCAGAUCGCUCAGUCGUCCGGAGGGGAUGACAGCGGGCCUCGACGGGCCUUGAAGAGCGAGUUUUUGGUGCGUGAGAACCGAAAAUACUACCUCGACCUGAAGGAGAACCAGCGGGGUCGGUUCCUCCGGAUCCGACAGACCGUCAACCGAGGCCCCGGUUUCGGCGUCGGAGUGGGAGGCUUACCGGGUGCCGGCAUGCAGUCCGGCCAAACCAUCGCUCUCCCGGCCCAGGGCUUAAUAGAGUUCCGCGAUGCUUUGGCCAAGCUGAUAGACGACUACGGGGGAGACGAGGAGGAGCUGGCCGGCGGCGGAGGGGCCGGGGGCUACACCGAACUUCCGGAGGGCACGUCGAUCAUGGUGGACUCCAAGCGCUUCUUCUUCGACGUCGGGUCCAACAAGUACGGGGUCUUCUUGCGGGUGAGCGAGGUGAAGCCCAGCUACAGGAACUCUAUCACGAUCCCCUUCAAGGCGUGGAGCAAGUUCGGCGGAGCGUUCAGCCGCUACGCCGAGGAGAUGAAGGAGAUCCAGGAGCGGCACCGGGACAAGAUGUACGAGCGGAGAACCGGAGAGGAGUCGGAGGGAGACGACGUGGACGACGAUUGACGCAGCGGGAGAGGCGGCUUUCUGUGGGCUACAGUUGACAACAUGAUGCAAAGCCUGGAGAGAGGAGCGACUAUUUUGUGCAUGACGAAUCGAACUAUAAAAAAAUGCUUAAAAAAAAGUAUAUUUGACUGAGAAAUUUAUGUAAGAGAAACAUGUUCUAAAGUUUAGCUGGAUGUUAUUGCUAAAAUGAGUGCAGACUGCAGUAGUCAGCCUCUGUAUGAGAUUCCCCGUUGAUAAAGUAUAUUCUAUUUAAUAUAUAUCUAUCUAUCUAUAUAUUGAUUGUCCCAUUGAUAACCUCACAUGUAGCCCAGCAAGUUCAGUUAGGCAGAAACACAACAGUUGGUUACCUGGACUCCUGCUUGUUAUCCAAUGGUGAGAGCUCACUCAGUGCUGACCUGCAGUCUGUGACGAUGAGGAGGAUGAGGAAGAGUAAAAUGUGACAUACUCAAACCAGCAGUGGCUGUGAGGGAGUGCUGGCAUCGCUCACCAUGGCUGUUUGUGCUUUUUCUAAAGCGAUCAGAACCAAACGGCUCGUCCAGACGGAACCGCCGCGUCCAGCAGGCCUGGGGGCAGAACGCCCGGCCCCGGGGGCAGAACGCCCGGCCCCGGGGGCAGAACGCCCGGCCCCUGGGGCAGAACGCCCGGCCCUGCCCGGCCCCGGGGGCAAAACGCCCGGCCCUGGGGGCACUAGGGUUACCUGCUGUAAGCACAUGCCAUCUCAGCCUCUCCAGUCCAGACGUUGUGCUGACCCUUGACCCUUGCUGCGGCGCUGAGGCCUGCUCAAACGUGGCUUGUUGUGUCUCAGGGCUAAAGCAUAAAACUAAAAUCCAAGCCCACAUGUUUUUUGGGAGGAUUUCCCAGCAUUCCCUGUGCCUGUCGCUGCAGCCGAGUCAUCCGGUGUGGGCCACCUUUGACCUUUGACCCGGUGGCCUUUUCGUUCACGCUGGUGUCACUGUUUCCCAGCUGCAGCUUAGCGUUGCCAGGUUUGAUCUAGAAUCACCUCCAGGGUCGUCCGUGUUGACUUGCUUAGGGUGCAUCAUUUGGAUCCUCGAAUCUUGAACUCUGACCUUUUACGACUGAAGCAACUUUCAGUCUGAUUGUAACAGAAUAAAUUAGGUGCUUUUGAAAAAGAACCUCCUGCAGUUGUAUCUAAAAGAGAUAUAUAUGUACAUAUAUAUAUAUGUACUGAAAGAGAUUUACUAACGAAAAAAAUUGAUAGAAUUAUUUUUAAAGAAAUAUAUUCAAAUAUGUCUUAGAAAUAUGAGAUUUAUUAGAUAAUGCUGCCUAAAGUGGCCUAUUUAAAACACUAAACUUGGAUGCAAUGGUCCAGGGUUAUAUUUCAUACCUGAUUUUCUUUUUUUUCCUAAUAUAUCUUUUAUUCCUUAGAGGAAACUCAAGAGAACAACAGAUUGGUUCCUCCGUAUGUUAAAGCAAUUUGUAGAAGCAGCUUCUCUGAAGUCUGCGAACUCUCAGCACUCCAGGUCACUUUACCGCUUCGUUUCGUUCCCUCCUUUCAGUCCACCGCCGUUUUUCACUCCACAGCGUUUUCCCAUCCACUGGCUUUCCAUCAGUUGCCAUGCGACAAACGUAAACACCUGCAGCCGUCAGCGUUUGGUCCGUCGUGCUCCUUUUACUGACGUUUUCUCUUUUGCAUGCCUGCUCUGACGCAGAGCCGCCUUCUGUUCUUUUCUUUCUGCAUUUUCAGAUUUGCUGUAUAAUGGUAUUUAUCCUUUUUUUUUUUUUGCGCAGUUGCAAGUUUUAUUUCUGUGCUGCAAUAGACAGAAAGUUUACUUUUCAGCCUGAUGGUUUUAAACGGCCGCAGCGUUCCCGUGUUUUUUGGGGAAACUUCACUUUCAUCGUCUCUCUUCCUUUUGGUUUGAAAACUUCUCGUUGAAUUUUACUUUCCCCUCCAACACAGCAGAGAAAUGCCAUAUAUAUACAUAUAUAAAUAUAAAAAAUACAUGGGAGCAAUAGAUUUUUUCCUUUUCUAUUGAUAUAAAUAUCCUAUAUAUAAGGUUACACAUGCGAUUUGAACUACAUCCUUCUUCUUGUACUGUGUUACGUGAAAUGGCAGCUGUUUCACUCGUGUGUGUUCUGCUGUAAUAUUCUACCUUUCAACGAGAAAUAAUAAAAAAAGGUUUUUGCUCAGGA